AUGGCAAACAUCGCAAAAAUUGAAUUCCCGGCUCUUAAUAUCACCGGAGAAAAUUAUAUGCCGUGGACGGCACAUGUUAAGCGACAUCUCAAGUCAAUGGGUGUUUUGGAAACGAUAACGGAGUGGAACGAGUGUAGCGAUCAAGACAAGGCAAAAGCCGAUGUCUUCCUCCAUAAACACAUUGAUGAAGUGUUGCAAUUUGAAUAUUCAAAUUUUGAGGAUCCAUACUUUUUGUGGGAAGAUUUAAAAAGCAGAUUUGAUAAUCAAAGGGAAGUUUUACUUCCCACUGCUAGAGAUGAAUGGAACAAUCUCAGGUUCCAAGAUUUUAAAAAGGUGAAUGAAUACACCUCUGCUUUGUACAGGAUAUGCUCAACGCUCCGAUUCUGUGGGCAAACUGUUACGGAGGAAGAUAUGUUGGAGAAAACUUUCUCCACAUUUCAUGCAUCAAAUAUAAACUUGCAACAACAAUAUCGGUUGCAAAAGUUUCAAAGAUAUUCUGAUCUAAAUUCAUUUCUCCUCGUAGCAGAGAAAAACAAAGAGCUACUAAUGAAAAAUCAUCAAGCUCGUCCCACUGGAUCAUUAGCCAUUCCAGAAGCAAAUGUUGUUAUUAAUGAUGAUAUUAAAGACUCUGGAAGAAAAUGGGGACGAGGCCGUGGCCGUGGCCAUUUUGGUAAAGGUAAUGGUCGAAAUUAUUCCUUCAAAAGAAAUAAUAACUUCUGA